AGUCACAAGUUUAAUAUCAAAAAGAAACACACAAAAAAAAAUAUUAAAGCAACAAUAAAAAAUUGAAAAAAAAAAGUAUAAAAUGGAUCCUGUGCAGAGGGAAAGAGACCUGAUCAAAUUGCAAAUGCCAAAGACUAGGAUCCUCGUUACAACCAGCAAAGCGGACUAUGUGGACCAUACUGGAAUUGCGGUUUACACUCCCCCAAUCAGGCAAGCUCAAGAAGAUCCCUCCCUAAUAACUGGCCACAAUUGGAACAAUCUGAAAGUUUCUGGUAUAGAAAAUAAAACGAAGACUUGGCCGCGAUCGAUGGACUGGCGCGAGGACUACGCACAGUUCAUUAGGCGAAACAAAUGGUGCAACGAGGAGAUCUACAAACUGCUAUUUCUGUCUCCGCCCGUGGAUUUCCAAAUGCUCAAGGAGUACAUUAAAGAUCUGCGCAAGACAGUUUAUAUGUACGACUACUCGCGAAAUGAUUUCGUUUCUUUGGUCAGCCGGCGGCGGGUGAAAGACUUAAAACGCUUUACCUCCAAAGAUGGGGACUAUCUCACCACCUAUGGGUGCUCCUACAAUCGCUUGCAGGAAAUGGAGCCGUUUAAGAGCAACCUUUAUUCGGUGCAUCAGUUAAAGGAGCCGACGAUGGAUAGGAUCGCCAAAGAACUGCGCAAGCUGUUCACUAAGUACAAUAUGACGACCUAUUUCGACACUAUAUGCGUUCCAGCCCUAUUGAAGGCUAAGAAUGGCAUAAUGCCAUUGGCACCCAUCGAUCGCUAUCAAUAUCGCAAGUACUGAGUAGAGGCCCGUACUUACACA